AGAAUGAUGGAGCUGCAUGUCUUUGUUUUUAUUACCUGGUGCUGCCACCUGGGGAAGAUCAUACCCGCCUCUUAAAUGAAUACUAUAUUAUUUUGGGAGUAUAAUAGCCAAAAAACCAAAGACAUCCUGUGCUGAGUUUCUCCAGUUAAGCCAUAAGCCUGUUCUUUUUGCUCUCACAGCCAGAACAGCCUCUCACGUGGCAGCCAGGCCCUCCCACACCUGUGCAAACUCACCCUGUGAGUACCUGAGGACAGGUUAUUUAUGACUUAGAACCGAUGAUAAGAAAUAUCAGCGACAAUUCUGUGUUGCUUCAGACUUUGCACAGCUCCUGUUCUCUCGGUGACAUAACCAAAGAGAACAUUUCUCUGAACUGAAAGCAUCUCCUGAGCAUUUUGUUUGCCUGCACUCAGCACAGACUGCUGGGAAUACAUGUUCCUCUCAUCAGACUCUACUCUGGGAGCUAUUGCACAUUAAUUAUUAUGGCUGAACCCAAACACAAGCUCAGAAUUAUUUUUCUGAAACAUAUCUGUUCUACUGAGGAUGUGUUUGCAGUGAUACUAAUUAUAUUGAUACAAGGAGAAAUGAUGAAUCUUAAUCACAUACCUAACGGCUAAGAUUUCUAGUAGGAGAAAUUACUCAAAUGUGACCACUUUGCCCUUUGAGAAGAUGCUCGAUGUUCCUUUAUGUACAAAUCUUGGAAGCAUUACAACUAUGCACUUAUAAUUAAGCAAAUUAUAUUAGUGAAUUACAAUUAAAUAAAAAAAUCAAGCAUUGUGAACUAGACUUAUUCAGAUUUUUUCCCCCAAAUUACAGCAUGUAUUCCCAAAGUAAAAAAAAAAAAAAAAAGUCAUCACUGAAAUUGUUCUUAUUAUUUGUAUGUGCUAAUAUUUUCCUGCUAAGGCUUUUAAAAAUACAGUAACUCACUAAACCUUUUUGACUUGUUAUGCAACACGUGCAGCUUUCUAGAACUAGCAGUUUCAAUUUAAUAAAAGCUGCUAUUCUGCAUGCUCAAAACGUAUUUCUCAGAGAGACAGAAAGCUCCUGAAACCCCUGUCUUCCCAGAGUCAAAUUCACUUACAUGUGCUUGCUGCAGGGGUGCAAUAGUUCUUUAUAGCACAUGAGGCCCUCCCAUCCUGUGAGAAAAUGAAAUGUGGUUGUAAAAGUAAGAGGUUUCUUGUGGUGUGAACCAGAGCUUGCAACACAAAUGAUCACAAGAAACUGUCCCAGGAUCUGGCUUGUUUAUGACCUGUGUUUUUCUGUGGUCCCCUAAUUAGUGGGAGAGCUAAAGGAGCUGAACUCAGUGGGACAGCAGGGACAAAGCAUUGGGAUGCAGUAAAAGUCCAGGGGGGCCUUGCAAAGCUGUGGGGCAGGAGAAGAUCCACGCAGAGCCAAGAAUCUCCAUCCUUUGUGGGAACAAACACAGGAAACACCUAAAAAGGGCUGUGCCCACUCCUCUCUCCCUGUGUCAGGGUGCUUCCUGCACUUUGUGCUGCUCCACAGGCUCAGGAGAACGAAUCCAGAGCUAGAAAAUCACAGACCUUUAAGAUCAGGUUACAUCCAUUGCCCAAGAGGUGCAGUGUGGGGAGGGCAGGAAAAGGAAAAGCCACUUUUCUUUCUGCUGACUCAUCUUCUGUGCCUGGCACUGCCCCUGCAGGGCACAGCUCAGUGCUGCUGCUCAGUCAGAGGCACAGUGUGCUGCCCAGCAAUACCGUGAAAGUUGCUGCUGGAAGGGGGAAAAAAAAAAAAAAGAAAAAAAAAAGGAAAAAAAAGAAGUUUUUCUUUCAGAUUACACUAGUUUGUUUUUUCCUUAUCACUAACUUUGGAGGCAAAUACUUAAAGGCACAGCAGAUUCAGGGAGCUCAGAGUUCUCUGGGAGCAGCAUCUUCCCUUUUGAAGGACAGGGCUCCUCUUUGAACCCAGGGGAAUUUAGACAGUGUGACUUGGCAAAUCUGACCCUGCUGCUUUGCGGGGGCUGGUGCCAGCCACGAGGAACAGCUCAGUGGGGUGUGAUUAGUUCAAUGGUUGCCAUCCCCACCAAUAAAUCAGUGACUUCCUGCCCUGGAUUACCCUCUGUCUGUCACAAGUCACUUCCUACAGGGACCCAGACCACAUCAGUGUCAACAAUGUGAAAUCUGCAUCACUUUUGCAGGACUGCUUUGCUGCUUUAGCAUGGGAGCACCCACCAAGGUGCCCCAGGCACUGAAGCCCCUGGGUGACCUGUGGGGUUGAAGAUGGGUUUAUAGGUUAUAACCACUUACAAAAGUUGCUCAUGAUGCUCAUGCUUUGCACUCCUGGAGGGAUUCAGCUGACAUUCAGGAGGUUAAAAUCUCCUCAGUAUUAUAAGCAGUUUGGGGACUGGAUCAUUUUCUGGCUUUCUGUGCAGCACCUAACACAACGAAUUGCAUGACAGGGCUUUCCACACAUACUCCAAUACAAAUAAACCAACAAAACCAUCAGAAUAUAAACUACAAUAAAAGAAGGAACUCUCUCCCUGCUUUGGCUGCCCUGCUGUCCCUGACAGGCAGUAAAGGCAGCCUGGACCUUUAAGAGCAGCAGCUCCAGUGCAGCUCUGCCUGGGAACUUUGGAACAGCCCCAGUGGAAAGCCUGAGCUGCCUGCGAGGCAAAAUGAACAUCCAGGAGUAUUUUGGGAGAAUCUCUUUCAACAAGCCCCAUAAGGACACAGACCUGCAAACCCUGACAGCCAUCUUAGAGCAUCACAUCCAGACCAUUCCUUUUGAGAACCUCAGCAUGCAUUGCGGGGAGCCCAUCGAACUGGAUCUGCAGUCUACUUACAACAAGAUUGUGAGAAAGAAACGUGGUGGAUGGUGCCUGGAAACCAACCACCUCCUCUUUUGGGCCUUGCAGGAACUAGGGUAUGAUGUCUGCCUGCUUGGUGCAAACAGCUAUGAACCAGCAGAGAACGGAUACACUGCUGAGAUGAACCAUAUCCUGCUGAAGGUGGUGAUCGAGGGAGAGCCCUACAUAGUAGAUGCUGGGUUUGGUGGUUCCUACCAGAUGUGGCAGCCACUGAGGCUGAUUUCUGGGAAGGACCAACCCCAGGGCCCUGGAAUUUUCCGCCUCAUGGAAGAUAACGGCACCUGGUACUUCGAGAAAGUCAAAAGGAAGCAUUGCAUUCAUAAGCACAGUAAUAACCCCUCCCCUGAUCCUCCAGAACCGGAGAGUAUCCGAAAAAUACACAGAUUUACCCUCGAGCCACGGCACAUAGAUGACUUCAAGGAGCUCAAUGUGUAUCUCCAAGUGUCUCCAGACAACAUCCUGCAGAAGAAGUCAAUCUGCAGCCUCCAAACCACCAGUGGGGUCCUUGCCUUAGUUGGAUGGACCCUCGCAGAGACAAAGUACAGCUACACGGAGGACAUGGACCUGGUGAACGUCACAACCCUUACAGAUGAAGAGGUUGAGAAGACACUGAAAGAUAAAUUCAAUAUAGUACUGGAGAACAAACUUGUACCAGUAAAUGUUCGUGGCUUGCCACCUAAUUUAGUGGAUAAGAUCCAACUGUAACACUGUGCUAGAU